GAUGCUUACGAGGGCGACCUGCGGCUGGUCGGCAGCAACCAGCCAGGUAGCGGCACACUGCAAAUCUUCCAUGACGGCAAGUGGGGCGUAAUGAACAGCACAUACAUGGACUGGCGCAUCGCUACAGCCGCUUGCCGGCAGCUUGGCUGGACUUGGGGCGAUCUAGUGUCUAAUGCGGGGUCCAUGUACGGCGGAACAUCCAAUAUGGUGCUCUGGAAUGUUCAGUUCGCUUGCCAAUCGCUGAACAGCCGCUUGGUGGACUGCCCUCGAGACCAGGACUUCUACCUUUGGACGGAUGAUGCUUACGAGGGCGACCUGCGGCUGGUCGGCAGCAACCGGCCAGGUAGCGGCACACUGCAAAUCUUCCACGACGGCAAGUGGGGCGUAAUGAACAGCACAUACAUGGACUGGCGCAUCGCUACAGCCGCUUGCCGGCAGCUUGGCUGGACUUGGGGCGAUCUAGUGUCUAAUGCGGGGUCCAUGUAUGGC